AUGUCUUCAUUUACUCAAAUAUGUCGACUGAGUAACUACAUAGUUGGGAGUUAUAAAACAGUUCUUUACCCAAGGAAGAAUUGGUUAAAUACUGUACCUGUAUGUAGUUAUACUAAGAAAUCAGCUGAAGAUAGAUUGGGAAUAGAGAAGCCGAAAAGACCAUUGACCCCUUUCUUCAAAUUCAUGACACAAAUGAGACCGGCACUUAUUGCUAAAAAUCCUGGAAUCACAUCAAAAGAGGCUAUUGUAUGGAGUUCUAAACAUUGGCAGGAACUAGAUAGUGAGACAAAAACACAAAUGGUUAAAGAAUAUGAAAAAGAUCUAGAGGAUUACAAAAAAAUUAAAGAAAUGUAUCAAGCAUCAUUGACAGAACAACAAAAAGAAGACAUAAAGAGAGUUAAAGCAGAAAUGGCUGCAGCAAAGGAGAAGAGAAAAUUGAAAGCUGAAUUUAAAGAAUUGGGAAAACCUAAAAAACCCAUGUCUUCAUACUUUCUUUAUUCACAAACAAAAAAGGAUAUCUUUAAGGAUUUAAGUAUGAAAGAGUACCAGGAGAAGGUUAAAGCAGACUGGUUAAAAUUGCCUGAAAGUGAAAGGACAAAAUACGAAAAACAAGCCCAAGCAUUAAUGGACAAAUAUAAGAAAGACUUAGAAGCAUGGGAAAUGAAAAUGAUUGCAAUUGGACGUACAGAUUUAGUUCGCCAUAAGCCUGUACGGCAACCGAAGAAGACAAAGGUUGAAAAUAUUACGCAUGUGCAUAGUUUUGAUAAGCAAACAUACAGUGUCACUAGUCCAAGUAAUCUACAAAAACCAGUACAAAGUGAAGUUUCAAACAGUAUUCAAGAAGUUAACAAGAAACAGUCUGAUGAGCGUCAGAGCACGGGUGAAACGACAACUGAUCAAACUCCGCCAGAAGUGCAAAAAAAUAACACAAAGGAUAUAGAUAUUAAAACCAAAUACAACAAAUUCGAAGAACUAUUAAUUACAAGAGUGAAGAGUAACCCUAGUAAUAGAAAAGAAGGGAUAAAAUGGCUAACAAAUGAAACCAAAGAAUUGUUAAGAAACAGAGCCACACUAACAUCGAUGACCCAAAAAACAAAAGCAUCAAGGAAAGAUAUAGCUGACUUAAGUAAGAAAUUCAAAUCUAACAUGAGAAGAGACCGCCAAAGACACAGGUUAGAUUUAAUAGAAAGAUGUUAUUCAAGAGACAGGAGGCACCAAAAAAGCAUUCAAAAAAUUGAAGGAAAAAAUAGAGCGGAUACCCAGUAUCACAGAUAG